AUGAAUUCAGUGACGACGAUGCAAUUGAAUAAUCACAAUAACUCCUCCAUUGGCUAUUUGCAUUUCUAGCUGUUGGCCAAAAUGCUCCUAAAUCACAUCUCUCAACCCUUAGACAGGGGAGUUGCUCAACUCUUUUUCAUUACUUGCUUUUGGAUUUCUUUGCCGCAUGGCAUCUUUAAUUAAAAGGGUAUAUUUUGGACAAAGAAAAUCUCCUCCUUCUAAACAGGGGUGGUGCCAAAGUCAUCAUCAUGUGUAAGAUUUCUAUUGUACAAGUCAGUAAUGGACUAUUAUGUCAUUCUAGAUUCUUCCACAUUGUUCACAAUUUCCUCUCUGCAAUACCAAGCUGGUCUGCUAAAGGUCGUACUAGUUCAGAGAUCUGCUAAAACUGCUCAAGACAACUCCCUGUGGUGACUUUUGUAUGAUUCACCAACUUCCAGAUAUUUCCCGUCUCUCCUCAUGUAGGAGACACACUUUAUGUACUAUUGUUAAAUAAGUCACAAAUGACUACACCCUUUGGUAUUGUGGUGUCCCACUGGGUGUGUCAGUUUCAUUUGUCUAAUUUCCUGGUGCACAGAGAGUUCUUUGCUAGAUCCAUAAUAACCUAAUCAAUUCCCUACAAGCUGGUGUUCCCAGAUUUACAGUUUUUCAGGCAAUUGUGAAGGAAUGGGAAGAAAUACUCCUGCAUUCUAGAACAAGGACUUUUUCCUUUCUAACAAAGUGCUACUUGUGACUAUUUUAGAUCCACAAGAGCCUUGGAUACUUAAAAUAGGGUUAAACUAAUUAUUGCUGGCAAAACCAAACCAAAUUAUGGCGAUUAAUUUUGAAAUAACUCCUAUCAACAGCAAAGAUUACCAAACCAAGUUGCAACAGUAUUUUUUAAAAAACUUCCAAUAUUAAUCGGAGUUGAGUUUAGCUACACUGCUCCGAGUGCGAUACAAAAAAAAAAUCAACUGUCUAGCUACACUAUCAUUAAUCAGAAGAAAGAAUUAUGUUCCUUGAAAAACAUCUGAUGACAUCUUUGUCUUUUCUGCCUCAUACAACUACAACUUUCUGGUAAUGAAAAAUUGCAAGGUUACUCUUAUGGCUAAGUUAAAUUUGAAACAUGAAAAAUCAAUGUCGGCGUGCAUUUUAGUGUGAAUAUGGUGUCUUUCAAUGGACAGAACUCCCUAUUUAUAGAGAUCUGGAUCUGUUCUAGUGUCAAUUAACAAGCCCAACAAUCUAAUUCACUCCAAUCCAUCCCUCCAACAACGCCAACUCCAACAACCAACCACAAUGAUGAAUUUGUAAGAUGUAGGAUUCAAACAAUCAUUACAUCAAACACAUUGUGUGUGUGCUUGUAAUUGCAAGUGUAUGAAAAAUUAAAGCGAUAAAGAUUAUCCAGUGCACUUUCCCAUAUCUUUCCAAAGUGAGGUGUAUAUCUCAUGUUCUAAAUAUCUUUCAUGCUGGACACAUGUAUUUCUCCCGCAUCUUUUCAAAUAACCGUCUUGCAUGAUUUGGAGUGGUAUUAUCCUCAUGUUCCACCCAUAAAAUUUAUUACCUGUGAUAUCUACUUUGGCUGUUUGCAUUUCUAGAGAGUGGUUCUAAAGCUCCUAAUUGACUAAUUCACAUUCACAUCAAUGUUGGUUGACUCCUCUUCUUUCCUUGUUCUGGAUUACUGUGCCAUCUAGCUUCUUCUGAUUAUGGGUAUUUUUUGGGGGUAUCAGAUAUUUGGCUGCUAGUUUACCCUUGGGUGGGAUGUGGAUGCUUUGAGAUGAUAUGCAACAUGAAUUUGUCCCGAAAUGUUAGUUUGUGUGCAAUGUCAUAGUUGGAGCUUCUGUUGGGCACUGCAUAGAUUCCAUUUUAAGAACCCUUUGGUGGUUGUCUGCCAACCUCUUAAAAAGUGAAAAUAAGCUCAUUUUGUUCGUAUGGCUUCAGGAAGUGUUCUAUAAUCGAUGAUCCGUUAUUUAAGGGUUAGACUAAAUGACUUGUAUGCUCCAUGCUCUAGAUUCGAGGUAAAAUAAACAAGUCAAAAGAGCAGGAUUUUGGUGAUGCGUAAUUUGACAUACAUACUCCACUUGUAUCAGGUGCCCAGGAUAGCAGUUUUAAAUUCUUGAAGCAUGCGCAAAAUAUUGUGUUGCUAUAUUCAGGUGCAUCUGUGACAGAGUCUCUACUUUUCUUUGAUCGCCUGAUUAUGGUUCUAACACAAAAAGAAACAAACUCAAAAGCAUGUACAUAGAUGUAUUUUCUUGAACAUACAUACAUGUGCCAUGGCCUAAUGUCUUAAACUCCAGAGACCCUUGAGUACUUUGAGUCUAGCCUGCAUUCCUUUCCGUCCAACAUUUUGAGUAGUGUGUUAGCAAAGGGUGUUUCUACUUCUGUAGUAGAUGCCAUUAGUGAGUUUUGGUCGCUAUCAUGGAAUUCAUCAAAUAUCCACAUAUCAUAACAGUUGUGUGCUCCUGUAAAAUCAUUUUUCCUUGAGCUUGCGAAGUCAAUUUUGUGUUGGUCACUCAAUCACAACAUAUUGACAUGUGCCCGUGCAAGUUUUACUUGUCGAGUUCACUUUUUAUCUUGGACAUCAUUUUGACAACUAUUUGCAUCCUGUUCAAAAUUAAGAUAUCGCACAAGUAAAUACGUAAUGUAUCUUAAUGGGUAGGUUGAUAAUUUUUGGUCGCCUACUAGGAUAAUAAAGAAAUAUUGUGCAAAUAUAAUAUGUUGGGAGAAUAUCUAUUUUAGUGCAAUAUUAUGAUGCCUAUGUUUUCACUCGAUCUGUGCAUUAAUUUACCUCCUAUUUUGUCCUAGUUAAGCGGGCUAGGUGGAGCAUACGAGUUAGCAUCUCUCAAUAGCAGUCCUAGCCUCUGCAGUGCAUCAUUUUAAGUAGCCUCUGUGUGCCAGUGUUGGAUUGUGAUGGUUGAAGUUGAACUAGUGAAACCAGAAGUGGGCCCUUGUGUUGUCCAGUUCAGUGUUUAGUCUUAAUGCAACAUUGGGUUCUUUAAGAUUAGUGCACCUUUUGUUCGAAAAUUUUGUUUACAAUUUAUUGGAUUGAAAGGAAAGAAAAGGUUUAAGCUGUAGGAGGAUAUACUCGAACAUGAGAAAUGCAUGUAAGCUAACAGGCGUGACCUAUGUGGCCUUUUCAUGUUGGUUGGAGCUUUCUUUGUCGUCUUAUAAUAUUUGAACUUGGAAAGUUGGCUUAUAAAUGGCGUGCCUUGGCAUUUCGAUAAUAAAUGAAAUCUCAUCUUCCAUCGGGACGACCAUUAUAUACUUUUUUAAGUUUUUUAUAUGCGUACAGCUAGAUCUUGUUAACAUUCGUAAUUGUCAGAUUUUUUAUAAACUUUUUUAUGUUCACCUUGCUCAGGCAAUCAACGACAAGAUUCAAUCGUUGGAUUACAAGAACUACAAGGCAGAGAUCAAAACUGCAGAUGCUCAGGAUUCUUACCAGGGAGGGGUUAUUGUUCUGGUGACAGGAUGCUUAACCGGAAAGGAUGACAUGAGAAGGAAAUUCACACAAACGUUCUUUCUAGCUCCACAGGAGAAAGGCUACUUUGUCUUAAAUGAUGUUUUUAGGUAUGUUGAAGAAAGUGAUCUAUUGGGGACCAGCUCUGCAUCAGUUAAUGGUUUCUAUGACAGUGCUCCAACAGCUCCUUUGACAUCAGAACCUGAGCCCGCUCAUGUUCCCGAUCAUCCUGCAUUUGAUCCAGAAACUACUCUAGAGGAUGAGGAUCUACACGAUGGUGCAGAAGUUUGUGACCCUUCAGACGAUGAGGAAGGAUCAGUUAUCGAAGAAGAACUCGUUGAUGAACCUCCAGCUCAUUUUAGUCAGAAUGAGACUAUCACAAUCGUGAGUUCAGAUCCCUCUACAGCCCAAGAGGAGAAGAAAUCUUAUGCAUCAAUUGUGAAGGUACCUAAGGUUUCUAAGCCAUUGAUGGUCGUCUAUGUUCCUUCCAGUAGUGUAAGGGGGCUACCUGCCCAUGUUGAUCAACUGGCUCUUGAUUCUGCAAAGCCUUCUCCUGAACCAGAAGCAUCAGCUCCUACUAGUGACAGUGCUCCUGAAAGUAGUGGUGCUCACGAGGAAGCUGAAGGUCACUCCAUAUAUGUACGGAAUUUGCCUAUGAAUGCAAUGCCUGCACAACUUGAGGAGGAGUUCAAAAAAUUUGGGUCUAUUAAGCCUUCUGGCAUCCAAGUCAGAAGUAAUAAGCAGGGAUUUUGCUUUGGCUUUGUGGAAUUUGAAUCGUUGGAUUCCAUGCAGAAUGCAAUAAAGGCCUCACCUGUAACGAUAGGAGGUCGCCAAGCUGUGGUUGAGGAGAAGAGAACUACCACCCGAGUUGGCGGCAGUGGGAGAGGAAGGUACCCUUCAGGGAGGGGUGGGUUCCGGAAUGACAGCUUCAGGAGCCGUGGUAACUUUGGCAGUGGCAGGGGUUAUGGCAGGAAUGAGUUUAGAAACCAGGGUGAGUUCUCAAGCCGACCUAAAGGUCCUGGUGGACGCAAUGUUGAGACCUAUCAACGUGUUGAUCAGAACGGAAGUGGAAGGUUUGGUCGUCAAAGUGGUGCGAAUAAAGAUGGUGUUUCUCCAUAA